GGUUUUUGCGGCCUUUGUGACUCGCGUGAGUGGGCUGAAAACAAUAUGGCUGAUGAAACAGAAACAUUAGCAGCUGAAGCUGGUCCUGAUAGCCAAGAUACAGAAAUACCUGGCCCACAUUCGUCAAAGUGCGUGAGGAAGAAGGUUAGAGCUUUGAAUUCAGCAAGAGUUGCCGGGCGGUCAUCUUCUGUGGCUGUGCAGAGCAGUCCUUCCACAGCUCACGUGAGAGCGGAGGGUCAGAUGAAGUGGCCUAAACCAAAAAUUGAUCUCCGAGCCCUCUUCGAUUACCACUUUACAAGAAAGCAGCACCGGUUUCGCAAAACAUGGAAACCUAGGGACAAGAAAGCGGGUACUUCUCGCAAGUGUGCAGGAAAGCGAACUGAGAGACAAAGAAUUCCGGAAAGUGAGCAAAGGAGGAGACUUAAAGACAGAGGAAUUGUAUUUCCUUUUGUGGCGAAGCACUAUGGCAGGAAGCACCUUCCCUUAAAAAUGGUGCGAGAAUAUGAGGAAGCAGCUUUGAAGGGAUUUUUCAAAUACAUUGAAAUGCUGAAAUAUGAACACCAUCUGAAAAAGUCUUUGACGCAGCUGAAUGCUGGGGAUGAUCUUGAAAAUGAAUGUUUGGAGUCACGGAGGUACAAAUACCUGGAUGAUGAUGGGCCAAUUUCUCCCAUUGCAGAGACCAACAAGGAUGAGGAUUCCGGGGAUGAAGAUAUUGGUGCCAAAGUAGUGGACAACAGCUGUUUCAUAUUAAGCAGCAAAAUUCCCCAGAAAAAGAAGAAAUCGAAACGCAAAGAGAAACAAAGCAACUGAAGGUCCUCCGUGAUGCACAGUACUUCAAAUGAAGGUUCAAGGACUACUGGAUGAGGCCAAAAAUGAGCUGGGCUAAUAGUUCUGUGCAGAAGGUUUUGUGAUCUCACUAUUCUCGAAUUAAAUGCCUGAGCUUGGAAAACACCGUUCAGCCUCCCGUGGUCUACCGUGGAGCUUUGGAUUUGCUCAGCUGCAGCAUGCCCUGUGGAUUUCUCCCUUCUCUUAGAGAGCAAUUUCAUUGUGUUUUCUUGGCUUCCUGAAUGUUUUGACACAGCAUCAGCUGCCAGCGAGUGGUCCCCUAUGAUGUUUGGCACGUGUGAAUUACAUUUGGAAAUUUCUAACCUAACCUGGUGGCAGACUAGGAAUGAUGAUGGGAAAGGCUGGUAUUAGAAACUCACUGGGCUAAAAAGCAUAUCAGCAUUGAUCUCUGCAGCCAAAUGAAGCUAUCUUGACUCAGCUGGAAGUUUUUAAUUGGAGCCUGUCUCUGGAUCUGCUUGAUGGGGCAUAUUUGCUCUGUGCUGUUCCCAAUUUACAUAACGGUGUCCAUUUCCACAAAUACUUGUCUUCCACUUUAGUCACUUGAUCUAUACUAUGUAGUGACUGAAGAUCUGAGCUGACUGCCUCCUUAGUAUCUUCCAAAAACUAAUUGGCUGAUUGGCGUCUGAGCUUUGGCUUUAAUAGAACAUUAACUGGGCAGAAAUUCUGAAGGUGGCGUGGGCCGCUGUCAUCUAGUGUGUGGUGCAGUGUGAUCUAGUUGCAGCUGCACUAAAAAAAAGGAACAACCCUGGUUUUCUUGCGUUGCUUUGCAAUUGGCCGUUUAUACCACCUGAAAAGGAAAACACCUGUGGUUCAGCUUAUGCAAGAAGGUCCUGGAAAAUAAAGGUCGGAAAAAUAUUUUGUGGAAGACAAG